CUUGGUCGAGGUUGAACGUGUGCCGGCACCAUGGCGAGCGAAGGUUGUCAAAUCUUCAACCCAGCCGAAAAGGUGGCUAAGAUAUCCCACUGCUCUUCAAUGGAGCAGUACAAACAGAUGUAUGAGAAGUCUGUUAAAGACCCGGAAGCAUUUUGGGGAGAGAUUGCCAAGGAUUUUUAUUUCGAGCAAGGUGUGACAGGCAAGUUCGUUGACUACAAUUUUGACACCACGAACGGGAAGAUUUUCAUUCGGUGGUUAGCAGGCGCCAAGACCAACAUCUGCUACAACUGCUUAGACCGGCAUGUGGCAGCAGGCAAAGGGGAUCAAGUGGCAUUCUACUGGGUAGGCAAUGACCCUGCCGAUGCCGAGGAAGUGACCUACGCUGACCUGCUGAAGGAGGUGUGUCGCCUGGCCAACUACCUGAAGUCUAAGGGCGUAGCCAAGGGCGACCGGGUGGCCAUCUACAUGCCCAUGAUCAAGGAACUGGUGGUGGCCAUGCUCGCUGUGGCCCGCAUCGGCGCGGUCCAUUCCAUUGUGUUCGGCGGCUACUCGGCGGAGAGUCUGUCGGACCGCAUGCUGGACGCCGAGGCGCGCGUGCUCAUCACGGCCGACGCGGUGUGGCGCGGCGCGAAGCUCAUCCACCUCAAGGAGAUCGCCGAUGAUGCCAUAAAGAUCUGCAAGGAGAAGGACCAGAACGUCAGGCUAAACUUGGUGGUGCAGCAUAUGAAGAAUGUCACUGCACCCCAGUCGGUCACCAAUGGCGCGGCCAACGGGAAUCCAGCAAAAAAGACACAUUUUGAUGACAAGGGCAACUAUAAGGUGACGUGGAAUCCAGAGGUGGACGUGUGGUGGCAUGAUGCCCUGACCUACAUGAGUACAGAAUGCCCACCUAUGUGGAUGGAUACAGAGGACCCCCUCUUCAUGCUGUACACCAGUGGCAGUACAGGAAAGCCAAAGGGUGUCUUACAUACUAUUGGAGGCUAUAUGCUGUACAGUGCAACCACCUUCAAAUACACUUUCGACUAUCAACCCAACGACGUUUACUUCUGCACUGCCGACAUUGGCUGGAUCACAGGGCACUCGUAUGUAACGUAUGGACCCCUGCUAAACAAUGCAACUUCAGUAUUGUUUGAAGGAGUGCCAACUUACCCACACACAGGGCGAUUUUGGGAGAUAAUUGAGAAGUACAAAGUUAGCAAGUUUUAUACAGCACCGACAGCUAUCAGAACACUUAUGAAAUUUGGAGAUGAUCCUGUUAAGAAGUAUGACUUGUCAAGCCUUUCUGUCUUGGGGAGUGUUGGUGAACCCAUCAACCCAGAAGCCUGGCUGUGGUACUAUAAGGUAGUAGGAGACAGCAAUGUGUCAAUUGUGGACACCUUCUGGCAGACGGAGACAGGUGGUCAUGUCGUUACACCUCUCCCUGGAGCCACACCCUGCAAGCCUGGUUCUGCGUGUUUCCCAUUCUUUGGUGUUGAUGUUGCCCUCCUGGAUGAGGAAGGUGCUGAAAUCAAAGGGGAGGGAGAAGGCUACCUCGUUUUCCGAAAACCCUGGCCAGGCAUCAUGCGCACAGUCUAUGGAAAUCAUGAGCGCUUUGAAACCACCUACUUCAAAAAGUUCCCUGGCUUCUAUUGCACUGGAGAUGGUGCCAGACGAGACAAGGAUGGCUAUAUCUGGGUCACUGGCCGUAUUGAUGACAUGCUGAAUGUAUCUGGCCAUCUUCUGUCUACUGCACAGGUUGAAAGUGCCAUGGUAGAACACCCAAGUGUAGCUGAGUCAGCUGUGGUGGCAAGACCACAUGCUGUAAAAGGAGAGUGUCUCUACUGCUUCGUAACUCUGGCUGAAGGCAGUGAAUUCUCAGAUAAGCUUACAGCAGAACUCAAAAACAAAGUCCGUGGCAGAAUUGGUCCUUUUGCUACACCAGAUUUUAUCCAGCUAGCCCCUGGACUGCCCAAAACACGAUCAGGAAAGAUCAUGCGUCGUGUUCUUAGGAAAAUUGCUGUGGGAGACCGCGACUUCGGAGACAUCUCCACUUUAGCUGAUCCUUCCAUUGUGGAAACCUUGUUUCAACACAGACCAAAGGAGGGAAAGGUGUAGGAAGUGACAAGAUGGAAUUACACUCUGUAUAUUCUUGUUCAUCUGGAUAUCUUGGAAAUGUUUUUAAGUUUGAUAUAACACUAUUUUUUUGGAUGACUCAGUAAAUGAAGACACUUUUAUCUCUAUUUUUGGUGAUUUGAUCCAUGCAACAUUGAUAGUAGGAUUAGGUUAUGUUACCAUGUGAAGGUGUCAAAUAUGUCUGUUUGUACAGAGACUUACACCUAAACAUAAUUUUAUUUCAUGAUUUUAGUAGUUCAAGCUUUACUGUUAUGUUGUGAAGAAGUAAAGCAUUGGAUGCUACCAUUACUCUGUGUUAAUCUAUUUGUGAAUAUUUUUUGUCUAAAUUUUUCCAGAAAAAGUUAACAAAAAAGUGCAACAGUCUUUGAAUGUUGAUACCUCACUGCUAUAGGUUGUGGGAUGUGAUAAAUGUAUGUGAAGAAAAUGGGAAUAUUUGCAAUCUUAGCUCUUUGUGAGAAUUAGCUACAAAAUGUGGUGGAUGAAAUUUUGCAGUUUCUUCUUAAUGACCAAUGCUGCUUAUCAUUCCAUUCUUUGAACUAAAUACCAGUGAGUGGUCAUAUACCAAUAUUUAUGUAUGUAUACUUUUUCUGUUAAUUCAAGAUUUUAUCAGAUAUUAACAUCAGUUUACAGAGUGAUGGGAAGUUGGUUGGUUGAAGUCACGAAACAAUGCAUAUCACUAGUGGGCCUCCUUUUUUACUGAACAAUAACAGAUCCUCACUGCCGACCUUGCUAAGGUUGUAAAUUUUAUUGUGGUAGAAUUUUUUGAUGAACAUAUCCCUGUGCCAUGUCCUGUGAGAAUAUUCACCCUGAGAUUUUGCUUAAUGAUCAUGCUCAUUAUCACCUUCUGACAAAAGGUAGAAAAAAUUAAAAUUAAAUAAAAAAUAAUCAUAAAUAAAUAAGGACAAGAUAAAAAUUAGUUAACACAGAACUGGAUAAUUUGGUGGCCCUCAGAUACUGUGACCCGUCCACAUGUGUGUCUCGACUGUUGAAAGGGGAAAGGAUAAUGUGAUCUCAGAAAUGUUCUGUUCCACUGGUAUUGUGACUAUUUGGUACUUAAUUCUUUCCUGCAAUGUGUUACAUUGAAAGAUAUUAUAUUUUUGGUUUAUUUUGUUUUUAUUAGAAUAAGUGAGAAUUAGGUACAAGUGUUCUAUUUUAAAAGAAUAAAACUGAGUAAAUAUAAAUAUAUUUUUUAGGCCCUUGAUAUCCCAAGAUUAAUAAACAUGCUUUGGAGAUCAAAAGAUUUUCACAAAGUUGUUAUAUCUUAUAAUUUUGCCAAGGAAAAAUAUUAUUCAUAUACAUUUAAUUCAUUCAUAAAAUUUUAGAUUGAUUAUUCUGGAAAAAAUAAUGGAAUGUUUGCAUAGAUUUUUUCAAAUUUCAACAGCAGUAUUGCUCACUUACUUAAUGCAGAUUAUUUAUAUUACAAAAACCUUGAUUACUAAGUGUACCUUCAUAGUAAUAGAGUCAUUGUAGUUGAGUAUUAUGAAAUUUGUCCUGAAGUUGAAUUUGAUGAUAUAACUACAAGUGGCUUAGUAAAUAAAAGGAAAGUUUAAUGAGAAUAGGGCAGCUAGGGAUAAAAAAAGACAGAUUAUCAUUUGUACAAAGUGGUUGUCCUCAGAAUACAAGAGUCAGUUUUUUGUGUAAACUGAAUUAGUUUCAUUAACAGAAAGAUGAAAAGGUCUCUCCUGUAUAGUUUUGCCAUAAGAUGUUUUUACAAGUAUUCCACAUCAUUUAUAAAUAAAUGGAGACAUAAUAAUUAUAUUCUUGAAUAGUCAACCUUACUUUUUGCACUGGAAUUUCCAUUUGGAAAUUAAAAGAAUUGGAAGGUAUCAGUUAAUGGCCAUUAAGAAAAGGCAGAAUUUGGUCACCAUAAUUUGUAAUCAUGCUCUUAUAUUUUAUUCAGUUAUAUAAAAGGAACAAGGUAGACAUGGUUGAUGGAUAUUUUGUUGCCAUAAUAUAAGAAAGGAAGGAAGACUCUUGUAUAUAUUUAUUAAUUUGUGCUAUAUAAAAGUAAAUUAUUUAACUGUGUUUACUGUAGCAAGUUGAUCUUCUGAACAUAUCUAUGGCAAGUUGACUUAUGUGAGCAUAGUAGAGCACUAAUGUUACUAUUGUUGUAUAACAGGGUGUCAAAAUUGGUAUGUUAAAAACAUAUUGUUGUUAGCUUGGUAUAUAAUGCUCUGUUAAGGCUGUGUCAGUGACAUCUAAAGAACAGAAAUUAGAUUUGAAGUGCAUAUAUACAUGUGCAUACCUACAUAUGUACAAUUUUCAGUUGUAAUAGAUAGAAAAUAUAGUGACAGCUUGUCCAUAAAGUUCUUUAUGUAUUAUCAAAAGAGUUUGGGAAAAUAAUGAUUUCUUGUUUGAAUGAAACAAAUUUCAAGCUUUAUAAAUUCUGAUUGAGUCUAAACCUGACAUAUGUGUUAAAGCAAUUAAUAUAUUAGCAGCUGAAAGUAAGCACUGGUUGAAUUGGCAAGAUCUUAACCAAGGCUUACCAAAAUGCUUCACAUCUAGCCAGCUGAAAGAAUUGAAGCAUAAUGUUUAUCAUGGACCAGUAAUACAGCCCUUUGUGUAAUUAACUAGUUUUCAGUCUUGUGAUUGCACACAUCCAGUAGAGUUUCUGAACUAUGAACAACAAGGAGAGCAUAGAAUCUGAGCCCCGGUUUGGUGUAGGCUGACUCUUAUCCAGACAGCGAAUAGGGUUAGUGCCUCUGCUGUCUGGCGGACUACAUGCUUUCUGUGGCUCAGAGCAUACUUUGGUGGUCAGAUUUCAGAAAUUCUAUUGUGUAGAAUUUGCACCAAUCAUAGAUAUAAAAUGUGACCUAACAUGCUUGGAAAUACCUGAGUGGAUAGCAUUCACAAAGAGGGUUUUCCAUGCUAAUAUCACUAAGUGUAAUGGUGUAAUGCAGUUUUUACCUUUGUUUUUUAUUUAUUUGUUAUUUUUUCUGAUGAACUGAUGAGAGAUUGUACUUACUGGCAUUUAUUUCUAGCAUUUUAGUUAAUUUAUUUUAGUACUAUGCAUUUCUUUAUCCCUCUCAGAAAAUUACUAACUAUGCCUUUAAUGAUAACCACUCUUUUCUGUCAAGAAAUCAAAAAAACAAACUUCUCCGACUUCUUUUUUUUUGUUUUAUCUCUGAAUGAUGUAUAACUGAUUUCUGCCAUAAUCUUGCAUAUUUAUUUAAACAUGAUUAUUUUAGAGGAAUGAAAACAAUACAUUAUUCAAGCGAUUUUUUCCACAAGAUAGUGCAGCAUUCAGUGAGUGAAGUGAAUUUCAAUUUAUGUGACUUACUAUAUGGCUUGUGGAAUAACAAACCAGAAUAUCAAUUGUAAAUUUCACUGGCUUUCAAAUGCUAUCUUACAGGUGACAGAUGUGAAGAAAGCUCAAUAGAAACUGUAGAACUUCAGACAGUACCACUGUAAAAAAUGAAAUUUAUUGUAGUCAUCAGUAAAAGACUAUAAGACUGUUAAAUUUAUGCUGCACAAAUGUUGAAAGUUCUAAUUUUUUAUACAUUCCAGUUUUACAGUACCAAUAUUCUGUUAAAUUUUGGUUGGCUUUUGAAAGUCUUGCUUAAUUCUAUAAUCAUAACCUACAUUUAUUUUAUAUAUGGUGUAGAAUUAAUUUAUUAUGUAAUGUAAAACAACGGAGAGGAAAAUUAAUAUUUUUUUUUAGUUACUGUUUGGGAAAUUGUGAUUGUGGAAUAAAUAUCAAGAGAU